GGGAGGCGGCAACCUGCAAUGACAAUUACGCAGAGACUGCCUCAUAGUUGUUUGCUGUUUGUUCUGGUCGUAGGAAGACAUCAAGGAGACGCAGGAAGAAAAAAAUGGAAAAGAUGAAGGAGAGAUUUGCCCUGAGGCGGGACAUUUUUAAGGAGUUCCUGGCGGAAUUUCUGGGGAUAUUUGUCCUGAUACUCUUUGGAUGUGGUUCAGUGGCCCAGACAGUGCUGAGUAAAGGGGCUCUUGGGGAGCCCUUGACCAUCCACAUUGGUUUUACUCUGGGAGUCAUGAUGGCCGUCUACAUGGCAGGGGGAGUGUCAGGAGCCCACGUGAACCCUGCAGUCUCUCUGGCCAUGGUGAUCCUGAAGAAACUACCUCUCAAGAAGUUCCCUGUGUAUGUGGUGGCACAAUUCCUGGGGGCUUUUGCUGGAUCCUGUGCUGUUUACGGGUUUUAUUAUGAUGCUUUGAUGGAAUAUACCAAUGGAGAAUUUGUUGUUACUGGUGCAAAUGCCACUGCCAAUAUAUUUGCAUCUUAUCCCGCAAAACAUCUCUCAGUCCUAAAUGGGUUUGUUGAUCAGGUAAUUGCAACUGCCGCACUGAUCCUGUGCAUCCUGGCUAUCACUGACAGGAAGAAUAUUGGCGCUCCAAAAGGCAUGGAGCCUCUGUGCAUCGGCCUGAUCAUCAUGGCCAUCGGGGUGUCCAUGGGUCUGAACUGUGGCUAUCCAAUCAACCCGGCACGAGACCUCAGCCCACGGUUCUUCACAGCUGUGGCGGGAUGGGGCAUGGAAGUAUUCAGAGCUGGAGGCUGCUGGUGGUGGAUCCCUGUGGCAGGGCCUAUGGUGGGUGGAGCAGUUGGAGCGGGCGUUUACUUUCUCUUCAUUGAGUUGCACCACGCUGAGCCUGAAAAACAGGAGGAGAACAACGUCCAGGACAAAUAUGAAGUCAUAACUAUGAGUUAAAAUUUAGAACAUGGGUUGCAGAGCAAAGCAACAAAGCAGCUGAUUUUCACCUUCAGGCAAAAAUGUUCAUCUAGAUCAAGCAGUAUUAUACAUUUUUACAGGAAAAAUUCUGAGAACAUUUACAGUUACUGGUUUAGUACAAAGCAUGCAUCUGGCUUCACAAUUUCAUAGUCAUUUGUAAAAUAUGCAUCCAUGUUUUAUGAAACCUUUCAAGUCUCUUCUUUGUAGAAAGUCUGGUCUAUUUAUAAGUUUCAGGUUUUAUCUGCCAGGGCUCUUUCAUAUAUUAAAAUAGUCAACUUACCUUGAUAAAUAUAAUCUUAGACAUCAACCUUUUCCUCUAAUUCCAUUAUAUCACAACCUUGGAUGGAGGGUUUCCUCUGCAUUAUAUCUAUGCAGUAUUCUUAAUAGUCUCUUAUUUCCUAACUGGGAUCAUCUCCCUAACGUUAGAAAUAUUUGCCAAGUUUCUGUACAGCAUUUUUAUUUUUACUACUGUCUACCUAACAAACAAAAAGGGGCAUUUAAUACAUGUGGCACUUGUAGAAACAGUUGAUUUAAUGUGGAAAUCUAGUCAUUUAUAUUAUUUUUAGCCAAUGGGUUUCAUUAAUGAUAUGUUGCAGCGACUUCCUCAUUGUGUUUCACUUUUCACAUUUGCAUGUAUUGCAAGUGAUUGAUUGCUUUAUCUUGCUUACAGCGUUGCAACACAUUUAUGUAGAAAAUCCAGCCUUAAAUGAUUAUACUGGUGUUGCUUACUUUUUCUUUUCCUCCAUAAUUUUGUGACAAGCAGACUGUUAUGUUGCUAGAUUACAGAUUUACUUGUUACAGGCCCCCUUGAAAUUGAAAAGCCAUAAGAAGACAUGUAAGUGUAAAACAUGUAAAUCAUAGAAACAUGCACAAGCUUUUACAAAUUGAAUUCAUUUAUGCAUUGUGUUUGAGUCAGUGCAAUGCACAUUCUGUAUGAGGGGCAAAUGCAAACAUUGACUGUAACUGUUUACAUUAAUAACUCUUCAGGGCUAAGGUAAAAUGAGUGAUAAAACACACAUUGUUGGGAUGGUUUAGGUUUGGUUGCAAGUUCAACAUUGGACAGCGUAUUGUAAAAGGAACAAUAGUGCUUGGAAAUGUAAAAUGGAGUUGUAAAACACAGGACUUUCCUUUCUUAACUGUGAAAUGUAUAAUUUUUGUAUCAAGUUAGCACAGAAAUGUGAAUUUGCAAAGACAACCCCAAUGUCAACAUGCUAUGUUUUAGAAUAAUAUGACCCAGCCUGGAAGAAUAGGUACUGGACCACUACAUACAUUAAUUGUGAGAUUAUAUUGUACUGCACUGAAUGUCAUUUUACAACAACACAAUGGUUAUGUAAUACACAAAACACUUGUUUGGCAGUGUGACAAUCAAUUGAAAGCAAGAGUGUUUUUUUCAUGUGUUUGUUUUACUUUUUACUUUUGAAAAACAGAAAAGAAUGUGAAGAAAGACAGUGGUACAAAACAUCAUUUGGUCCUGCUUUCACCAGAACCAGUUUAACACAAAAAGCAACAACACUAAAAACCAUCAGAAAAAAGCUCCAGACCUGGGGUGACAGGGCUUUUCCCAAUUCUGCACCCUCCUUCUGAAAUGCCCUCCCUCGCUCAAUCCAACACCAUGCCAUCUUUCAAACAGACCCUCAAAACCCACCUUUUCAAGACUGCGUUCUCCGGUUAACUUCCUUCUGCUCUCUCCCCUCCUCUACUUUUUAACCAAUUACUUUCAUCUAACCAUCUGUAAAGCGUAUUUGAGUACUUAGAAAAGCGCUAUAUAAAUCUAUUUAUUAUUAUUAUUAUUAUUAUUAUUACACUCAGGGUGCCCAUUUUACUUCAAACCCUGUAUGAGGCCUACUUUUCAAUUAGAAUAAUUACAGUAGGCUAUGCAUGUUUGAAAAGCAGCUGAAGGUGUUUGUUUCACUGAAUCUAUUCAGUUGUUCAGAGAAAUGAUGUAUAUGUUGGUACUCAUCUCUCUCUGUCCUACACUUUAGUGGUAUCUGAAUUAGCUGGUUUUCUUGUAUGAUUUUUUUCACUUCUAUGCAGUGUACCUAAAUAUUGAAUAAAGUUUGUUGAAAUAAUUUA